AUGCAAAGCAUGGCAGCGGCCUGUGUGAAAGAUCAGCUUCCGCGCAUUGCCUCUAUCUCUAUUCAAUUGCGUGGGGAAGCUAUUCGAAACUUGAGAUAUGAGCUUGAAAACUUGGAGCACAAAACUGACGUUGCCACCCACCACGCCCUAUUCUUAGCAUGUUUCAUGUUAGGUCUCAGCGCUGCAUGGCACGAUUCGCAAGAUCUAGGAUUAAUAUACUUUGAGACUGCUAAGGGGGUCUUUCAAAGACUGUCUCUUCUGCCAUCAGCUCAGUCUGACGGGGAAAGUCUAGGCACCUCUUUUUGCGAGAAAUCAUUAGUCUAUUGGCAGAUGCUAAUGGCUCCAGUUUGUAAAGAUCCAGACAACGAGAUGAAUCGUGGCGGUCAACUUGCUGCAGCCUCAUCAAGUGUUGGAAGAAAGAACUUACCGACACCACCACUUUCCGUCUGUCCAGUCAUUCCACAUCCAUUCACUGGACUAGCUGAGUCCGCUCAGGAUCUCCUUACCAAAGUAAUUGCACUCACGCGCCGAAGAAGAGAGCCAAGCGCUUUGGAUUCAGCAAUCAAACUCGAGGAACAAAUUUCACGUCUGCCAGUUCCAAGUGAAGACAACAUUCAAGAUACUCUUGAUUCUAUGAGCCCAAGCUGGCAUUUUCAAGUUGGAGCAGAGGCCUAUAAGAACGCUGGACUACUCCAACUCUAUAAUGCUUUCCCCGAACUUGUAGAAAGCCGUUUGCUGAAUGCUGCCAACGAAAAUCAAGAUAGCGAAAAAUGGCUGAUCUCACUGGCUGUUCACACAAUUGAUCUUCUAAAGAGAAUUCCGCCAAGCUCUGGAACUCGCUGCACCCAACCAUUAGUAUUCAUUAUCUCAGCAGCAGGAUUGAAGUUUCCAAAGGUAAUCACUCGAUGUCAAAGCCUGGAAUUUGAGAGCUCUUUCAGCUUUGAAAUAUCACCCUUUGAAGUGGUUGUCGCGCGCAGCCGGACAUUUGUCUUAGAUAGAUUGACUUGUUUUGAACGUAACCUGCCCUCAAAACCCAUCUCUACUGCUAUCAAAUUGGUCCGUGAAGUUUGGCGUCAAAUGGAUGAUGAAAAUGAAGUUUGCUGGAUGGAUGUUAUGGUCGACAAUCAGCUAGAAUCACUUUUCGGAUGA